CAAUGUAAAACAAUCGCAAGUAUAACAAUAUCAACAACCAUUAAAAUAUGAGCAAGAACAAAGGACGCCGCCGCCGUCGAAAGAAUUCCAAAACAGAAGAUCGAGACGACGCAAAUGUUGCUAACGAUGACGACAACAACGCAGCACAUAAGGAGCAUCGACACUUGCAUUCGCCACACCUAUUUUCCACCGAUUAUGAUGCGAUUUCAUCGAAAAAGAAAGACCGCAGCAGCAAAAGUAGUUGCAACAAAAACAACGAUAAAAUAGGCAAUCACAAGAGCAAGAAUUCAAGCUUUGCCAAGCAGCGAGAACUCCAGCGAAAGGCAUCCGCAGAUAAACAGCGACACACCAGUUCCUAUCACCUGACUGACAAUAAGUGUGGGAUUUCUGGAGUUGGUAAUCACAAGAAAGUUCAUAGCAGCAAAAAUAGCGUCAUUUUUGGGAAUGCUCUCGCCUUCCCGUCUGGAUUUGAGAAAAGCUGUCAGGUAGCUACUACUAGCAGCAAGCAAUUGCUCAGUAUUAGUGAUGGAUUGCCGUCAUCUUCCAAUAGGAUUGGGGAUCGGCAAUCCUCUUCCUUUCGCUUUGUAGAUGCCGGAAUGGGCGACGGCAAAACGGUUUUGGACUAUCUUUGCUUUGGUCGCCACGGUAACAAGUAUUGCAAUGGUCAACACCGCAACCAACAUUAUCCUCAUCACCGCAACAAUGAACAAGAAAAACGUAUUUUGGAGGAUUCUAUUGGUGAAUAUCAAUCCACCAUGGCACGUGUCCUGGAGACUACAAAUUUUGGCGGCUGUAUCGCCCGGUGCUAUUUGUCUCCGUCGGACUUGAUUCGGCCAAUUGGUAGCAAUGACGAAAGUAGCGUUACUAGUAAUACCGACAAGCAAUGGACACCAUACAAUUCAUUUCCAUUUCAGACUUUUGGAUGCGAGAACAACAUUGAGUACUAUGGAAAUAACGGCUCCCCGCUCGUGUAUUUUGUGGUCGGGUUUGGACCCGACUUCGAUUCAGAAAUUGCAGCAACAUUGAUAAAGAGGGAAUCGGAGAACGCGGAGCAACAGCCACAGCACUCCCUUGUCAAUCGUCUGGCCCAAAUCGUACAGGAGCACGAUAACGAUGUUGUUGGAUUGUUUGCCGAUCUCGAUUAUUCCAACGCAUGCCGAAAACAAGACGGCCCUCCGGACAGUUUCCAUUCCUGUUGUGAUAGCUAUAGCAAUAGCAACGAUCACGAAUCUUGCCGCCAACUCCAAUUGCAGCGGCUCCGAUAUACACUCAAGGCGGCAGCGAAACUUGAUUGCCCUGUGCAGAUUCGUAUUUUGCCGGGAUUCAACAAAGAUAGAUGCGAUGGUGGCAAUGCUAACAGCAAACAUAGCAGCAACAAUCGCUCACGUACAGAUGGAGUGGAAGCAGAAACUGGAGAAGCCUUGGACGCAUAUUUGCAAGCCAUUCGUGAUCUUGCAACAGUCUUGUUGGAACACUCGUGCUACUGUUCAUCAUCAGAAAAUGAUAUGAAUCAGAGUUGUAACGCUACGAGCAUUCCUCCGUAUUCUUCUCGUCCUUGGAAGGUUCAUAUCUCCUGCUGGAACGGAAAAGCCGAACACAUGAUGGCACUUCUGAAGGCAUUCCCGGCAACAAUGACAAUUCCUAUUUCUUCUACUUCUAGGAUCAACAAAAGCAACCAAAACAGUAACCUUCUCUAUUUUGGAUUCGAUKGACACGUAACUUUUUCCAAGGCCACCCACUUGCAUGAGUGCGCCUUUGAGGUUCCACUGGACCGAUUGCUGCUCGAAACGGGAGGACCAUCUGCAAUACCAUCCGCCGUCGCAAAACAUGUUGGUCGGGGAGCCUUUUGUCAUCCCGGGCACAUUCCCUUCGUGGCCGAGGCGGUUGCAAAACAAGCCACCAAAAACCCAAGGACCUGCCAAAAUGCAUAUCAAUACUUAUAUGGAAAGUCGGGAAACAUUGUGCUGUCAACGGGCGAAGGAGACCCUCCCAUGACGGAAGUCACAGCUCAAGUGGUGGCACAAUAUGCCUCAAAAAAUAUCAGGGAACUUUAUGGUAUUGCACCGUAGUAGCAGUGUUCAAUCACGACACUCAAACUAAGCAAAAGAGCUUUCACGUUACUAAUUAUAAAUGUAAACUCCAAAG